GGUCGUUUGGAGCGCGUCACUUUAAGUCAAUAAAUUUGUUCAUUCGCUGUCCAAAACUAGAUAGAGAGAAUCGUUCUACAAAACGAGUUGUUGUCAGAUAAUAUUAUCAUUUCAAUAAAGUGAGUGAGUUGAUUAUUACAACAGUACAUUUUUUAACUUUAAGAUGGAGAAUGUGAAAGUUAUAUACUUUCCCUUGAAGGGUAUGGCCGAGGGUAUACGCCUUAUUCUGGCUCAUAAUGGCCAGGAAUUUGAAGACGUAAGAAUACCUCACGAGGAGUGGCCGGCUAUGAAACCGAACACUCCUUUCGGUCAAUUGCCCAUUCUCGAGAUCAAUGGCAAGCAAUACGCACAAACAUCAGCCAUCGUUCGUUAUUUGGGAAGAAAAUACGGACUUGGGGGAAAUAAUGUAGAUGAGGACUUUGAGAUCGAUCAAAACAUGGAGUUUUUUAAUGACUUACGAUCAAAGGGUAGCGCACUGUUCUACGAGAAAGACGAGAAGAGAAAAGCUGCACUAAGAGAGGACUUACAGAAAAACUAUUAUCCUACAGCGUUGGCAAAACUCAAUGAUAUUAUUGCUCAAAAUAAUGGUCACUUGGCUCUUGGCAGGUUGACUUGGGCCGACUUCAUGUUCGCCGGUAUAUACGACUCCAUGAAAUAUAUUAUGCAAAUACCGGAUAUAGAUGAAAAGUACCCGAUGCUCGUGAAGUUGCAACAGAAAGUGCUCAGUCUACCGAGAGUCAAGGAGUUCUGUGACAGAGCCCCCAAAUCCGAUUUCUAAGUUUAAAAAAAACCGUUAAUUGAUGUUCACACACCUAAUUCUUUUUAUUAAAUGAUUCUCAAAUUA